AUGGCGGCCAAGUCUGGUGUAGAGACCCGGGCGAGGGAGAAUCCCGAGCCUCUCGCCGACCGAGAUCCCCAAAAGCAGCCAUCAUCCAGCUCGUCCGCUACUGAGGAGGAGGUCGAGGACACGAAGCCGCAUCCGCCACUGUCAUGGAAGAUCAUAGCCGUCGUGCUCAUCUCCUGCAUCAGCUUCGGCUCCUCGUGGAGCUCGGGUAUAACGGGCGCUCUCAAGUCGACGCUCAAAAAGGAGCUAAACAUCAACAACAAGCAAUUCUCACUGCUCGAGGCUAGUGAAGACUUCAUGGUCACCCUUUUGAUCCUCUUCAGCGGCGUCGUGACAGAUAGGAUCGGAGGGGCUAGCGCCAUGGUGUAUGGAAACAUCAUCUACUCGAUCGGAUCCAUCAUUGUCGCCUCCGGGGCUCAGGUCCGCUCUUUUGAUCUCAUGAUCGGUGGGCGUGUGAUCCUGGCGCUGGGCGACAUCGCGACGCAGGUCGCACAGUACAAGGUCUUUAGCUCGUGGUUCUCGCCCAACAACGGUUUCGCGUCGACGCUGGGCCUCGAGCUCGCCAUCAAGAAGAUUGGCGGCUUCGUCGGCAAGUCCUCGGCCAACAUCAUCGCCAAGAACACGGGCAACUUCGCCUGGGUCUUUUGGAUCGCCGUUUUCAUGAACGUCUUCACCAACAUCCUCACCUGGGCCUUUUACCGCUUCAACAGCGUCGCGCACAGAAAGUUCGGCAACGUUACAGACCCCGCCACGGGCGAGAAGCUGACCGAGAAGUCCAGGAGGUUCGAGCCCAGGAAGGUCCUAGAGCUGCCAUGGGUCUUUUGGGCCGUGAUCGCAUUCUCCAUGUUCGAGACCAGCACCGCCAUCGUCUUCACCCAAAACGCUACAGAAUUAGCCGAGAAGAGGUUCAAGACCGAUUCUAUCACCGCCGGCUGGUACUCUGCAACUUUGCAGUAUGCCGGUUUCUUCCUAGUUCCGUGCAUUGGCGCCUUUAUUGAUGUUCUUGGCAACCGAAUAACAUUGCUCACCAUCUGUGGCACCGGUGUCUUCCUGGCAAUGGCCUUGAUCAACUGGGCCACUGACACCAAAGGAACAGCCGCUGCCUUUGGCAUAUACGCGGUCGCAUACGUCCUGGGCCCUACCUCCAUCAUCGACAGCAUACGCACCUCGCUGUGGGACGCGUCGACUUUCGGCUCCGCAUAUGCCGUCAAAAUCGCCACUAACAAUGCGAUGAACAUCAUAGUACGCGUCGCCACCGGUGCCAUUCAAGACGCCGACAACGACAGUUACAACCACGUCGUCAUCGUCUAUGUCGCCCUCGCGGCGGCUUCCGUUCUAGUAUCGGCUCUCCUUGUCGCGCUGUCCUGGUGGUCCGUCGACCUCGGCAACCUGCAGUGGACCAGGAAGCAGCGCAUCGCCAACGGCGAGCUGUGGAACAGCCGCAAAACAGCCUUUUACGAAGACAAUGGGGUGAGGAACAGAAACAUCUCAAAGACAUGUUUCGGGGCCCUAGUUGUACUUAUUCUCGGAUCUUGGUCGGCAUAUUUCUGGGGUGUCGCAACUGGUCACAACAGCUGAUCCUGAUGCCCAACGUAUUGUGGUCGUGUGAACCUGGAGCAAACACGUUGGUUACGGUUCUGAGGGUAAAAACAGGCCUAAUAAUCG